CUCUGUCCUUUGCUGCUGCUGCCGCCGCGGCCAUGGCCGGGGGUCCGGGGCGGGUGUCUCCGGCUGCCGGGUGCCCCUCCUCGGGGCCGCCUUCCUCGCAGAGCAGGCGCCGGGGGCAGGGCCCCUUCUGACGGAGCCAGGCCCGGAGCGUCCUCCGCCGCCAUGGUGCAGAAGUCCCGCAACGGCGGCGUCUACCCGGCGGGGCCCUCGGGCGAGAAGAAGCUGAAGGUGGGCUUCGUGGGGCUGGAGCCCGGCCUGGGAGGCGCCCCGGAGUCCACCCGCGACGGCGCCCUCCUGAUCGCCGGCUCCGAGGGCGGAGGAGGAGGGGGCGGCGGAGGGGCCUCGGGGCUCGGGGCCGGGAAGAGGGGCUCCAUCCUCAGCAAGCCCCGCUCGGCCGCCUCCGGAGGGAAGCCCCCCAAAAGGAACGCCUUCUACCGCAAGCUCCAGAACUUCCUCUACAACGUCCUGGAGAGGCCCAGGGGAUGGGCCUUCAUCUACCACGCUUAUGUUUUUCUACUGGUUUUCUCCUGCUUGGUGCUCUCUGUCUUUUCAACUAUUGAUGAUUAUGAGGCGAGUUCUGAAGGUGCCCUUUAUAUUCUGGAAAUAGUCACCAUUGUGGUCUUUGGUGUGGAGUAUUUUGUGAGAAUCUGGGCUGCCGGUUGCUGCUGCCGAUAUCGGGGCUGGAGAGGAAGGUUAAAAUUUGCCCGUAAACCCUUUUGCGUCAUUGACAUCAUGGUGUUAAUUGCCUCCAUUGCUGUGUUGGCUGCUGGUUCCCAGGGGAAUGUCUUUGCUACCUCUGCACUCAGGAGUUUGCGGUUUCUUCAGAUCCUGCGCAUGAUACGGAUGGACCGCAGAGGAGGCACAUGGAAGCUGCUGGGAUCAGUGGUGUAUGCCCAUAGCAAGGAGCUGAUCACUGCCUGGUACAUUGGUUUCCUUUGCCUCAUCUUAGCCUCCUUCCUAGUCUACUUGGCUGAGAAGGGAGAAAAUGAGCACUUUGACACCUAUGCAGAUGCACUAUGGUGGGGUUUGAUUACACUGACCACCAUUGGUUACGGGGACAAAUAUCCACAGACCUGGAAUGGACGCCUCCUUGCAGCAACGUUUACCCUGAUUGGUGUGUCCUUUUUUGCCCUCCCUGCUGGCAUUCUAGGUUCUGGAUUUGCCCUGAAGGUCCAAGAGCAACAUCGUCAAAAGCACUUCGAGAAGAGGAGGAAUCCUGCAGCAGGCCUGAUUCAGGCCGCCUGGAGGUUUUAUGCCACCAACCUCAGCCGCACGGAUCUGCAUUCCACUUGGAAUUACUAUGAGAGAACUGUUACUGUUCCCAUGUACAGCUCACAAACGCAAACCUAUGGUGCUUCCAGGCUCAUUCCUCCUUUGAACCAACUGGAGCUGCUGAGGAACCUGAAGAGCAAAUCUGGACUGACUUUCAGGAAAGAGCAACAGCCUGAACCAUCUCCAAGUAAAAGCAAUCCGUGCAGAAAGUCACUUUGUGGAUGCUGCUCAGGAAACUCUAGUCAAAAGGUCAGCUUGAAAGAUCGUGUCUUCUCCAGCCCCCGAGGUGCAGCUACGAAAGGUAAAGGUUCUCCUCAGGCUCCGGGUGUCCGGCGAUCCCCCAGUGCAGACCAGAGCAUUGAAGACAGUCCAAGUAAAGUUCCUAAAAGCUGGAGCUUUGGAGACCGAAGCCGAGCCCGGCAAGCUUUCCGCAUCAAAGGAGCUUCAUCCCGUCAAAAUUCAGAAGACGCAGGCCUCCCUGGAGAAGAUAUGGCAGAUCCUGAUAACAAGAGCUGCAACUGUGAAUUUGUGACAGAAGAUCUGACACCAGGCCUUAAACUCAGCAUCAGGGCAGUGUGUGUCAUGAGAUUUCUGGUUUCAAAAAGGAAGUUCAAGGAGAGCCUGCGGCCCUAUGAUGUAAUGGAUGUCAUUGAACAGUACUCAGCAGGACAUUUGGAUAUGCUUUCCAGGAUCAAAAACCUUCAGUCCAGGAUAGAUAUGAUUGUGGGUCCCCCGCCCCCUUCAACUCCCCGGCAUAAGAAGUAUGCAACUAAAGGAUCCUCACCCCAAUACUCGCCUAGAGUUGACCAGAUUGUUGGGCGAGGGCCAUCCAUGACAGAUAAGGACCGAACUAAAAGCCCAGCUGAAGGAGAACUUCAGGAAGAUCCAAGUAUGAUGGGCAGACUUGGCAAGGUAGAGAAACAGGUACAGUCCAUGGAGAAGAAAUUGGACUUCCUAGUGAACAUCUACAUGCAGCGGAUGGGGAUUCCUCCAACAGAAACAGAAGCCUACUUUGGGUCAAAAGAACCAGAUCCAGCACCACCUUAUCACAGCCCAGAAGACAACCGGGAGCAUAUUGACAAAAAUGGGUGCAUUAUCAAGAUCAUUCGCUCCACGAGUUCAAUGGGACAGAAGAAUUUCUCUGCACCGCCUGCCACAACGGUGCCAAACAACUCAUGCCCCCCUUCCACUUCUUGGCAGCCAUAUCCACGGCAAAGCCAUGGAGCUUCCCCAGUUGGUGAACCUGGUUCUUUGGUUAGAAUCCCGCCGCCACCUUCGCACGAGCGCUCUUCAUCGGCCUAUGGUGGUGGUCACAGGGCCAGUGCUGAGUAUGCCAAGAAUGAAGACAUUACCACUAAACACCCUGAGAGUGCCCUGAGGGAUAGUGACACCUCCAUUUCUAUCCCAUCAGUUGACCAUGAGGAGCUGGAGCGUUCCUUCAGUGGAUUUAGCAUUUCCCAGUCCAAAGAAAAUUUGGACGUCCUUAACAACGGUUGCUACACCGCUGUGGCCAAAAUCAGACCCUACAUUGCAGAAGGGGAAUCAGACACAGAUUCUGAUCUCUGCACACCCUGUGGGCCUCCACCAAGGUCAGCAACAGGUGAGGGACCCUUCAGUGACAUGGGAUGGUCAACUCCUAGACAGUGAAGCAAUGGGAAGUCACCUGAAUACAAUGUCAAGAACAUGGGCCAGCCUUACUGUCCUCAUACCACACAUCUUGAGGAGACUGUUCUUUGACCUGGAAGCUGUGGGUGUUCCAUCACAGUUUGCUCUGGGGUUGGGGGAGCAGAUGCUGUGUUCUCUACAGGGAGAGGGCACUGUAGCAAAUAAUUUGAAGCCUUGAAAUGUUUGGAAUUCUUUCUUACUAUCUUUCUAAAACUGAUAGGUGAACCUAUUAUCAUCCACCAGGGUAGGUAAGCCCCAAUUCUUGGUGAUCUUUUAAGCUACAAGGGCACAGGUAUCACUUAAGAGAGUGGUCAAACAACUAGUGAGAUUUUUUUUCUUAUAAUAGGUACUGUAAUGGAACUGAGCUAUCAGAUCACAUACAAAAUAUACUGGUAUAACAAAAGAAACAUGUCACUAUUUAUGCCUUGGGGUGAGGGAAGCCAAUCUAUAAUGUGCAUUGGCAAAUGGUGGUUUAAUUAUAGAUACAGAGAAGUUAGCAGUAGAGACCCUGGCAGGGUUUACAAUGGGUGAGUUGUAUCCAAAUAGCACACAGAGGAUGGAAUAAAAGAAAUUUGUUCUUGUAGCAGUGGAGAUAUGGCCACAGUUACAAUAGGAGUACUUGGACUCAAAGAACAAAGAAGAUUGUGGAAAGUAAGGCUGUUUUCACAUGAAAUGCUCUUUUUUCUUAUUUUUUAAUUCACAUCUGCAGGAUGGCAUCAAAGCAUUUCUUGAUCUGCAUGCUCAGAUGUUCAAAUGGCUUUGCACUCUUUGGAAUAUUGUUAUCUAAUGCAGGAUAGAUUGCACUCUUUGGGAGGAUACCGUGUGCCAUGGUAAAAAGAAAAAGAAACAAAAUAUGAUAGGAAACCAAGAAUGCUCAUCUUCAAGACUACAUCAGUUCACCAGAAUAGGGUAAUGCAGCACAACCACUGGGUUAUUCACCAUUUAUGUAGCCACAUUUCUAGGGUCUAUUCAUAAAAUGUAGAAUGUCUGUUUACACACAACAUAAUGUAGUGACCACAUUUAUGAGUUUAUAUGGAAGACAGGUUAAAAGAGACAUUCUUAGCACUCAUGGAAGCAGCCUAAAGGCAAUCUUCUGUUAUAAUACUGCCUUGCAUCCACACCAAAACAAGAAACUUGGAAUUCAUCAGGAAGAUCAGAACUCUUAUGUUAGAUCGCCAGUUUUGAAAAAGUUCACUUGAAAUAUAAGGAGUCAGAGAGUGAAGCUGGAUUAGCAGUUGCUGUGCUGUGUUUUAGCACUUUGCGAUGUGCCUGGAUACUUUUGUACUCACCAUUAUUUCUAUGAAGGAACACUCUCUCUUCCCUUCAGAGAUCCCUGAGUCAGAUAGAUGUCCUCUGAUUUCUCCACUAUUUUUGUUUUGACCUUGUGCCAAGUCCAGGGCUGCUUGCUUUGAUUCUGUCUGGCUAUCUCUUUUAUCAAUGUUUAUGUGUCUAGGACUUGAACUAUGUUGCUUCUCUUUUUCCCUCCCUCCUUGCUCCCAUCUGCCCUGUUUUCAUUAUUUUAUAAACCCAGUAAUGUUCAAAUCUGGAAAGAAUGACUGGAGAAAAUGUCCAAAGUCUUUGAGGGGAAUUCUUUUUCCACUUUUGAUUGGGUGGCUCACAUUUGCCCAUGAGUUAUCUUCCAUCAUUUUAGUGUAAUUUCAGUGCAAUUCCAAUUCCACUUUGCAUAGAAAAAUGCGGGAUCUUUUUAUCCCAGAUAUACACAAUACUGACCACAUUGUGAAAAGGUAACAUGGGUUUAUCUGGCAACUAGUAACAGUCUUGUCAUUGGUGCAUUUAGGUUGCCUUGCUGAGAUUAUAAACAAGAACUGUGAUUUCUUCUGCCACAUAGACAUUGGGCCAAAACAGAUGGCCCUUUUGCGCCGCUUUCUGGGUGGCUUGGGAGCAUGUGGCAUUACACGCCACAUGCUCCCAAGCGUCCCAGCUGUUUACACAGGGGCUGGCUUCCAGGUGUUCUGGCGGCAUGGUGUUAAUUUGCCACACCCCCCCAGCGUACCUUAAAGCCAGCUUCCAGCCACGUUGGGACAGAAAAGCUGGCUUUUUGCCAGCCCAAAAAGGAGCGGCUCUUUGCUCAUUUUUCGGCUGGCAAAAAGUGUGGUUGCCAUGGCCCCAACCAGGCUUUGGAAGGGGCGGCCUGUUUCACUCCCUGCUUACCCCCUCAUUCCCUCAGAUUUGAGCACCCAAGAUAUAUACACGGGUUUUUUAUACAUGGAUUCAAGCAUACACGGUUUGAAAAUGUUCCAAAACAGUAUAAAUUUACCUUGAUUUCCC